AUGUCUGAAUCGGCUGCAGAACGCAAGGCUCGGUUGAAGGCCAUGCGAGAGGCUGCAGAGAAGGAGGGAGACCUGGGAGAGGAGGGGCCGACGAGCACAGCAGAGGCAGGGGAUGGCACCCCGGAAGCCGCGCCGUCCACCUCAGCAUACCCCGUCCUCAAAUUCCGAAAUUAUAACGUCAAGGAUGCCGAGUCCAUCCAGCACGUCAAGGUGGAGGCUGCCAAGGUACCAGAGGUGGAGGAGAUCGUGGCAGACCCCGAGGCGGUGAUGGGCAACGACCCAGAGGAGGUGCUGAUCAACGUGGCCCCCAAGAAGGCCAACUGGGAGCUUCGAAGAGCCAUCGCCCCGCAGCUCGCCAAGCUCGACCGGCGGACUCAGGAAGCCAUGAUCACACUCAUGAAGGCCGAGCAAGCCAGCGCUGCUGCGGUUUGA